GGGAGCGCGCCUCGCCUGUCACGUGACAGCCCUGAGCCGACUUUGGGCGAAGCUUAGCAAGACGGAGCAGUUAGCCUUCGCAAGCUAGCGACUUGUUGGCGGCGCAGGCGACAACGUAGCUGUUUUUUGUUUUUGCCGGCUUUUUUUCACCAACACCUUUGACGACGCUCUUAUAGGACCGCAUAAAUGGAGCGGACUACACCGGCAGUUGCUUCGAGGGCGGAAAAGCGGCUAGCUCGUCGUUAGCUUCGGCUGCUAGCUUGUGGAAAUAACCUAACUUGACUGCACUUUCUUUGUUCAAACGUGUUUUAUCCGUUUAACCGAGAACGUCGGAUAGCCGCGUAUUGGAUAUUAUUCGGCUAUGUUUGUUUAAAACGGAGGGAUUUUAACACCGGCUCACUGGGCAGUGCGAUAUCGACAUCGACCUUCCGAAUACGCAAUUGGUUUGAAUAAUAAUGUUGUUUCGUGUUAUCGUCAUCGACCUUCCGAACACGCAAUUGAUUUGAAUAUUAACAUUGUUCCGUGUUAAAUUUGAAAAGUAACAUUGUUCCGUGUUAAAACUUAUAACAGCCCGUAAGUCAAAAACAUAAGUCAUAUUGACGUCGAACCUAGGCACAAUUUAGUUAGAUUACCUUUUUUCCAUGCUUAACUAGUUUUAUAACGGCCAGAAAAAAGUAAACACAAGUGACCUUGAUAUCGACCCAAGGCGAAAUUUAGUUUAAUAACAUUUUUUCAGUGCUAAACUAGUUGUAUAACGGCGGGAAAAUAGUACACACCAGUAACUUUGCGGUUGGAAUUUAGUUGAAUAAUAAAAUACAAUUCUGUGCUAAAAUGGUUGCGUUAACAGUCAGAAAAUAGGAAACAAGUAAUACUGAUAUCGAAGACGCAAUCUAGUAGUUGAAUUUCCACAUGUUUCUGUGCUGAAGUAGUUGUGUAACGUCCAGAAAGUAGUAAACAUAAGUGACAUAGGAGGCGGAGAAGGGAGGGCAGGGGGGCGGACUCAACUGUAUUACAAAAUAGAUGCAGAAUGAAUCUGAAUCUGCGCCCAGCGGGCAUUAGUGUUUCAUAUUCGGGUGUCCAGGAGCUUCUUUCUCUGGACACUAUUUGAACUUUUAAGUUGAGUCGAGACUUUUGAGGAGAACCAUGGAGGUCAGCUCUCACCCGGCAGCCCCGGGCAUCUGCCCGGAGAUGCUGGAGGUGGCGGAGGAGGCCAACCGGGCAGGGGACUUUAGCCUGGCGGCCGAGAUCUACAGCUCGCAGCUGUCGGGCCUCCAGCAGCCGGACCGGGGCCUGUGCCUGCGGAAGGCCGACUCUCUGGCGCGCGCCGGCCGGAUCUCAGAGGCGCUGGACUCGUACUGCACGGCGGCCGGCCUGGGCCAGCUUCGCCCGGAGGAGCUGACGCUGCUGGUGGAAAGUAUCGCCCGGAGCCUCCGCGACAAGGAGCCGGGCCUGGGCGGGGACGAGGAGGAAGAGGACGACGGGGAGUGCGCCGGGAGCGAGAUUUUGGAUUUGUUCUCCUGUGGCCUCUGCCGGCGUCUCCUCCACGAGCCGUCCACCGUGGAAUGUGGACACACCUUCUGCAGACGCUGCCUGGACACGGACUCGGUGACAGACUGUGUGCACUGCAAGCAGGCCCUCGUCAGGAAAGAGGGGCUACCCAAUGGCCGGAGACUCAACGUGGUCCUCAGCAGCCUGCUGGACAAGCUGUUCGCCACCGAGAGCCAGGCCCGCAGGCUGUGGAUGGAAGGGGAGGUUCUGUGGCACAACCGGGACCUGACUGGGGCCCUGCACAAGUACGACGAAGCCGUGGAUUUGGCGCCCCCCUCAGGCAGGCUGCUGUGCCAGCGGGCCGAGCUGCACCUGGAGAUGGAGAGCUGCACCCAGGCUCUGCAGGACGCCAGCAGCCUCUGCAGGAUGAAGCCUCUCUGGCCCAGGGCUCACUACCUGAAGGCCACCACGCUGAGUCGAGCGGGUCGCAACGACGAGGCCUUGCAGGAGUACUUCCUGUGUGUGGCGCUCAAGCCCAACUGGACCAAAGUCAAGCUGGAGGCUCAGAAGGUCCUCAGCCAACUCUUCUCCUCCGUGUUCGAGAACCAAGACGUGCCCACGCCGCUGCACCCGCUGCAGGGCGGCACGGCCACACGCCUCUUCAAGCCGCCCGCCCUGCUGAGGUCGCUCAGCCCGCUCACACAGCCUUCAUCCUCACAGGACUCUGACUUGUGCGGGACUACAAGCUCCUCUGAGGACCAGCCGUCCUCCAGACUCUCUCUGGUCCCCGCUGAGACCACCGAGGGCAGCAAGAGUCUGGCUGCUGUCCUGGCCUCAGUCGCAGCGCCCCCUAGUGGUCUGAAGAGGAAGCAAAGUGAGGACGCAGCCCCGCACCCUCCUGCCAAGCUGCUCAAAUCUGCCGAGCGGAGCGGCGUGAGGACGUCAGCAGGAAGUGUCAGUGUUCCACUGGAGCUGUUGGACAGCGGUGACAUGGAGUGUUCUCUUUGCAUGAGGUUGUUCUACGAGCCGGUGGCCACGCCCUGCGGACACACCUUCUGCCUCAAGUGUCUGGAGCGCUGCCUGGACCACACCCCCAACUGUCCUCUGUGCAAGGAGAACCUAUCUGAGUGUCUGGCAACCCGAGGAUACAACAAGACGCUGCUGAUGGAGGAGGUGCUGCUGCGCUACCUCAGCAAGGAGCUGGCGGAGAGGAAGACCAUCCACGAGGAGGAGAUGAAGGAGCUCUCCAACCUGACGCAGGAAGUGCCCAUCUUUGUGUGCACCAUGGCCUUCCCCACCAUCCCCUGCCCGCUGCACGUCUUCGAGCCCCGCUACCGCCUCAUGAUCCGCCGCUCCAUGGAGACGGGCACCAAGCAGUUUGGCAUGUGCAUCGCCGACCAGCUCAAAGGCUUCGCCGACUACGGCUGCAUGCUCCAGGUUCAGGACGUCAAGUUCUUCCCUGACGGCCGCUCGGUGGUGGAGACUGUGGGCGUGUCUCGCUUCAAAGUCUUAAGUCACGGCCAAAGGGACGGCUACCACACGGCCAAGAUCGAAUACCUGGAGGACAAAAAGGUGGAGGGGGAGGAGCUUAGUGAGCUGCUGAAGCUGCAUGACGCCGUGUACGAUCAGGCCAACAACUGGUUCACCUCGCUCAAAGACAACAUGAAGAGUCAGAUUCUCAGCCACUUUGGACACCUGCCUGGGAAAGACCCAAACCCUCAGGCCAGUCCAAGUGGACCAGCCUGGUGCUGGUGGCUGCUGGCUGUCCUCCCCCUGGAGAACCGGGCCCAGCUCACCAUCUUGUCCAUGAGCAGUCUGAAGGGUCGUCUCCUCGCCAUCCGCAAGGUCCUCAUCUUCGUCACACGCAAGAGGCCACGAUGAUGAUGAUGAUGAUGAUGACCUCACAUCAAUGGACUGACUUCUUCAUCUCCUGCUUCCUGGACAGCAGCACACAUGACCAUACAUGGUCACAUGACCAUACAUGGUCACAUGACCAUACAUGGUCACAUGACCAUACAUGGUCACAUGACCAUACAUGGUCACCUCCUAGCAUCCUUCUCAUCUUCUUCACCUGCAGCCCCCCUGCUUAUUUCUUACAAACACCUUCCAGAACUUUCUUCUGCCCACGUGGAAAAUGAUCUAUUUUUAAAAAGAUGUUAAAAGUAUUAUAUAUAUUUUUAUUUUGCUAAACAUCUUUUAAAUUUGAUUAAAUAUAAUUAAAGAUAUGUUUUCUUUAAACCAUUUUUUAAAUUAAACAUUUGAAGUAUUUUACAAAGUAUUAUUUGGUAUAAUAAUUAUGUUAGAACAGUUGCUUCUGCUUGCAGUUGGACUAAAAACUUCUUUUUAAAAAUGGAUUCUCUUUCAACAAACAUAAAUUUCAGGCAACAACAAAAAAAACAUUCUUAAAAUUGUAUUUUGUUAAAAGUCAAUCCAUCCAUUUUUUGCCGCUUGUCCCUCUGGAUUUUUGUUGUGCAGCCUAACUACUCUUGUAGCAACUUUCUUUUUCUUUUUGAACAACUUGGACGAAGGAAGUGGAACUUUGAAACAUUUCAAAUGGUUUCUGCAGAGGAGACUUACUUCCCUGACAUCCAACAUGGACUCCAGUUGUCCCUCCGCUCCUCUGACUACCUUUUUUAUCGCCAAUAAACAAAAUGUAAUCAUCAAA